AUGAAGUCUAUUAUCGUUCGAGCUCAUCCUCUUUAUUGCGACAUACUUGAUGUCCUUCUACCCCAGCCGGGGCCACAGGAGGUACUUAUCAAAGUCAUAUACUGCGCGAGCAACCCACGGGACUGGAAGGCCCCCGACCAUUUAAUUCCUGGCGAGGAAAUCAACCAAGGAAAUGAAAUGUCUGGAAUAGUUGAAGCAGUCGGGAGUCAGAUUUACGAGUUUCGAAAAGGCGAUCGGGUCGCCGCCGCGCACCCGAUGCAGACCGCGAACGGGACCUACGCAGAAUAUGCCACGGCGCCUGUCAACACAUGUUUCCUGAUACCACCGCAUGUAUCGCUUGAAGGAGAGGAGGCUUGCACUAUCCCUUUCGCCCUUUGUACAGCAGCUCUGGGACUGUAUCAGCGACUUGGGAUCCCAUUCCCAACUUCUCCACUUAAUGCGGAGGUGCAGCCAACCCUGGUUAUUUACGGUGCUUCUUCAUCGAUCGGAGCCUACUCGUUGAAACUAUCGAAGCUUAGCCGACUUACAAAAGUCAUUGCUGUCUGCGGGGGCGGCAGAUCUUACGACGAGUCACUGGAUGCUGCGACCCAUUUUGUCGACUAUCGCAAGGGAAACGUUGUCGACGACCUGAAAGCCGCUUUGGAUGGGGAGAAGUGCUUCUAUGCAGUUGAUGCUAUUAACAACGGGACCAGCUGGAAUGAGCUUGCGCAGGUACUGGAGCCCGAAGGCAGCCGGAUAUCUGUCUAUAUGCCUCGGCUUGAUUAUGCUUCUCUCCCUCCCAAUCUUCAUGUUGGGGUCACCUUUUUCGGCACGGUACAUGGCCAACUCACACCGUAUUCAGAUGAGGAAUGCAAAGAAGAUGUGGAUUUUGCUUAUGCUCUGUUUCGCCUUCUAGGAAAGUGGCUCGCCGAAGGAAAGAUGAAUGGACACCCUUAUCAGGUGCUACCCGGCGGGUUAGCCGCCGUUGAAGGUGGAUUGCGGCAUUUGCAAAAUGGAACCAUCAGUGCGAGGAAGCUGAUCUAUAGAGUCGCGUACACCCCAGGUCUUGCUUCAAUCUAG